CUCACCAUUGGCACGGCGGAAGAUCCGCAGGCAGCUGCCGUCACCGAAGUCGAUGUGGCGGCCGACCACCAUGAGCUGCGCCAACACACGGGGAAACGAUCUAUACGCCUACACCACACCACACACAGACAGACAGACAGACAGACAGAGGAUGAGGCCUCUGUGUUCUCUCCCAUCCCCGUGUGUGUGUGCCUUACCGUCUUGUUGGCGUGUGUGUUGAUGUCAUCGGCCGUGAGGUUGAGGGGCAGCGUGCAGUAGCGGCACUGGCUGGCCCACUGCAGCACCUCCCCCGUCUCAUCCCACCGCCCGCCCUUCUCGGCUAUGCACACCGCCGCCAUGAGCUCACCCAUCCCCAGCGAUGGGUCGAAGCGCACCAGCUGCAGCCGCUGAGUGUUGAUGCCAUCGCCGUCACGGCUCAGUGAGUCGGCGAGGCGGUUGCGCAGCUCAGCUACGGUGAAGGCAGCCCGGAUGCGCCGCGAUGUGGCCCUCAGGCGGGCAACUGUGACGAUGUCGGGCAGAUGGCCUCGGCUGCCAACGAACAAGUAGCUGACGGGAUGCUCCUGGGCGGCCAUCGUCCCAUCAGCCAUCAUGCCAAGCCGUCAACACAUGCCUACGAUGAAAUCCGCCGAAAAAUGGGCUCGGCAUGAUCGAGUUUAUUCAGCCCAUGUCGACUGCCUUCCGAUCGAUGCAUUUUGCUGUCCGCGUGUCAUUGCAAAGUCGCUUGCCAUGUCUUAGCUAGAUCCCCC